AUGGGCGUUUUGGUGGGUGCGCCACCUCUGACCGUACAGGAGCAGGUAGUGCUCAACUACCGAACCGCGGUGCUCUGCUUUUCGGGCCUGGACUUCGCCACGACCCUGCUGAAGGCCAUCGCAGUGCUGGCCAGCACGAGGGACUCGAUGUGGUUGUCCCUGGCUGUCCUCAUCUUGGGGCCACUCUGUGGCAUGCUGGGGGCAAAGACCUUGAACCGCCCUUUGGUAUCAGUUUACUUUGCCUUUUGUAUUUUCAAAGCUGCCGUGGAGAUUGCAUUUGCGUUCUACACCAUGUGGCAGUGGAACGUCCUUUUUGUUGUGAUGCAGGGGUGGAUCAUCAAAAUCGUGGCAACCUUCAUGUCCACCUUGGAUGGGAUAUCCGCCUUGCGACGUUCGGAACUGUUGGAGCUGAAGGAUGUGCCAGUUCACAUGGUCUACUGGUAG